AUGCCGGUUGGAAAGCGUGGUCUUGUAGCACCACAAAAUACUUUUCUGGAGAACGUUAUCAGGAGGUGUAAUAAUGCAGAUACAUCUUUUAUAUUGGCAAAUGCACAAGUUUUAGAUUAUCCCAUCGUAUAUUGCAAUGACGGGUUUUCGAAACUUGUUGGUUAUACACGAGCAGAGAUCAUGCAGAAACCGUGCUCCCUUGCGUUCAUGCAUGGUGAGCAUGGCGAAGUGGGAAGUCUACAGAAAAUGCAAGAAGCACUGGAGAACGCAAGAACAGAGCAAGCAGAAAUUGGAUUGUGUAAAAAGAAUAAGACCCCCAUCUGGCUGUUAGUUCAUUUAGCCCCGAUUAAGAACCAUAAAGAUGCGGUGGUGUUGUAUUUGUGUCAGUUUAAAGAUAUCACACCGUUGAAGCAGCCGCUGGAUGACGAAAAUAACAAAGGACUCUCCCGGAUACUGCAAAUCGCAAGGAUCGCCAAGUCAAAGCAGCAAUUCAAUCAAAUCGAAACCAAGGAUCUACACAAAUCGCCGGGAAACACAUCCAGUAACUUCAAUCAGGUAAUGAAUCUGGGAGGAGACAUGCUGCCCCAAUAUCGACAAGAGACACCGAAAACGUCUCCACACAUCAUUUUGCACUAUUCAUCAUUCAAAACAAUAUGGGAUUGGUCGAUAUUGGCGUUGACAUUUUAUACGGCGUUUAUGGUUCCAUUUAAUAUUGCUUUUAAGAAUAGCCUCCGCCCGUUCUACUUGAUCAGUACUCGAGAUAAUCCCGGUGGCGGAAUCGACUCUGUGGCGUUGGAUUCUAUAGUUGACGUCAUAUUUUUUGCUGAUAUUCUUCUCAAUUUUCAUACCACUUUUGUAGGACCUGGCGGCGAGGUAGUAAUAGAACCGUCGGUAAUUAGGCAAAACUAUUUCAAGUCAUGGUUUUUGAUUGACUUACUUUCCUGUCUACCAUAUGAUAUUUUCUACAUGUUUAAACGAGAUGACGAGAGGAUAGGAAGCCUAUUCUCUGCACUCAAAGUGGUGCGGCUUCUCCGAUUAGGAAGGGUUGCUCGAAAACUAGACAACUAUUUGGAGUACGGUGCAGCCACUUUACUACUACUACUAUGUGCGUAUGUGAUAGUUGCUCAUUGGUUAGCUUGCGUGUGGUUUUGGAUAGGAGAUACAGAAGUUCGACUAAAAAUGGAUAAUCUAACACUGCCGGAUGGGUGGUUAUGGAAAUUAUCGAAUGACUUGAGGCAGCCGUAUAAUGUGACGGCUUCUAAUAAAUCAACUUUAAUAGGAGGGCCAUCCAGAACAUCAGCAUAUAUUUCAUCUCUUUACUACACGAUGAGUUGUAUGUCAACAGUUGGUUUUGGAAACAUCGCCAGUAACACCGACAACGAGAAAAUCUUUGGAGUCUGUAUGAUGAUCAUCUCAGCUUUACUCUAUGCCGCCAUUUUUGGUCACAUGACAACAAUUAUUCAGCAAAUGACAUCCAGUACUGUGAGGUAUCACGAAAUGAUCAGCAACGUCCGAGAGUUCAUCAAACUGCAAGAAAUUCCUAAGGAACUAGCCGAACGAGUAAUGGAUUACGUAGUAUCUACGUGGGCAAUGACGAAAGGAAUCGAUACAGCGAAGGUUCUUGGCUACUGUCCAAAAGAUAUGAAAGCCGAUAUAUGCGUACAUCUGAAUCGAAAAGUGUUCAACGAGCACAGUUGUUUUCGUUUGGCUUCGGAUGGAUGCUUGAGAUCACUGGCGAUGUUUCUAGAAUUGAAUCAUGCGGCGCCUGGAGAUUUGCUAUAUCACACUGGCGAAUCUGUGGAUGCUCUUUGGUUUGUGGUUUCUGGAUCUUUGGAAGUUAUACAAGACGAUGAAGUCGUGGCAAUACUUGGAAAAGGAGAUGUGUUUGGAGAUGAGUUUUGGAAAGCAAAUGGGUCAACUGGCCAGUCAGCAGCUAAUGUUCGGGCUCUAACCUACUCGGAUCUCCAUAUGAUCAAAAAGGAAAAGUUAAUGGAUGUACUCGAUUUCUACAAGGCCUUCGCUAACUCGUUUGCACGAAAUAUGACAUUGACUUAUAAUUUGACACACAGAAUGAAAUUCAGAAAGGUGGCCGAUGUAAAACGAGAAAAAGAGUUGGACGCUAAACGGAAGAACGAGAAACUCACAUUACCCAGUGAUCAUCCAAUACGAAAGCUUUUAUUCCGAAUGAGAGAAAGGCAUGGUCCACGGAUAUUCCCUAGUCCCAUGUUUGCGGAUAUUGAGAAAGGACUGAAAAAGUCGACAGAAAUAUCCAGGAUAUCCUCAUUACAUUCAAUGGUUGAUGAAACGGGAGGAUCAUCAUAUAUCAGAUCACCCAGGAGCAAACAAAAAAGGCCGCCUUUGCUGAAACGCCAAACGGUUGACGAGGACGCUCUAUCCAGAACCAGUUGGGGUCUUGACAAGAAAGAUCGUGAAUGGAGCUCUCUGUCGAACAUUAAAACAGAAAUGAAGAGCAAAUUCGAUAUGAUCGGGGAGCGACUGAGCAUUGUUGAGCAAAUCAAUAACCGAUUGGCAAUGUUAGAAAGGGCGAUUAUUGGAAAUAAUGGAGGAGCCAAUACUCCGUCAACGAUGCCAGUUGGCUCUUUUUCAGCUUUGAAUGAGUCUGGAAAUCGGUUGACUCUCGAUGCGCCUCCUGUUGCCAGAAGUGUGUCCUGGAGUGAACAACAUCAGUCACAGUGGCAAAGAACAGUACCACCUCUGCGAGAACUAGAAGCCGGCGAAUGGGAGCCACCAUUCACCCCCAACCCCACGACAUCGUCUCCUCAACCAACUGUUCCUCAUAUUCAAAUUGACGAAGGAGAAUCAGCAAGACCGCCAACAAGAACAAGGAUAUGA